AAAUGAGCGAAACUGAAAAUUUUUCUCGAAGUUUUCGCACGUAAAAAAUGAUCGAAAUCGAUUUACUUGUCCCUUCAUUGAUCUUUUCCUGGGAGUUGACGGAUGUCAGGAGAGAGAGAGAGAGGUUUUCGGUUGAGCCGGCUGACCACCCUCUGCCAUUUCCGGUAUCUGUGGUCUUUCCUCAGCGAGUCAGUUUCAUGAUUUUUUGUGGGUUGCCCAUGAGCGGUUUCGGACAAACUCGUGUUAAUGUGGAUAAUCCAGGAUAUUAAGGAACUAUACUAAUGCGGGCUGCUCCCUGUCUCUCCUUCGUUUGUGAUUCUUGAGUUCUUCAGAUCUUGAAGAAUGGGGACCACUUCUUCGAUGCUCACUCAGUAUGACAUUGAAGAAGUCCAGGAAUAUUGCCAUAAUCUCUUUUCACAGCAAGAGAUUGUUUCACUCUAUAAAAGAUUUUGCCAGCUUGAUAGAUAUGGAAAGGGUUUCAUAUCAGCAGAUGAGUGUCUCUCGAUACCUGAGUUUGCCCUUAAUCCACUUUCACAGAGGUUGUUGCCAAUGAUCAAUGGAUUGAACUUCAAAGAUUUUGUUGCGUUCUUAUCAUCCUUUAGUUCUCGUGCAAGUCCCCAGCAGAAGAUUGAAUUCAUCUUCAGAGUUUAUGAUUCAGACUGCAAUGGAAGAGUAGCAUUCAAUGACAUACUGGAAGUUCUUAGAGAUCUGACUGGUCCAUUCAUCUCCGAACAGCAAAGGGAGCAUGUCCUGACUCAUCUGUUGGAGGAAGCUGGCUACUCAAAAGGAUGCACCUUAAUGCUGGAUGAUUUUGUAAAGGUUCUCAGCAAAUCUGGUUUGAAGAUGGAUGUUGAAGUGCCUGUUGAUUAGUGUGAAGAGCACACUUGGUAUUUCUACAAUCCCAUUUUUUCAGGUGGGGCCGUGUUGGUCCUUGAUCAUUUUCUCCAAUAUGGCACUUCCAGAUGCCAAAUGCCUUUCUAAUUCAUCAGCACUCGGAUGCCUCUUGCAUUACAUAGUGCAAUGCUGCAUGCAAUUAUGCAUAUUUCUGGUAUAUGUUCAGCGCCAGUUUACACAGUGAUAUGUCUACAAUGGUGGGUAUUGUUAAUUAAAUCUGCUUUGAUGGGGAGAAAAUGUUAUUAUUUGCAUGAGUUGCCUCUUUCUUGGUUUCUGUGGUUUCGCCAGUGAGCAAGGAUUGCUUCUUGCAAGGAAAAGGCAUAAUCAUAAUUGAUUUGUUAUCUUAAUUCAAAGAGAAAUAAUCAAAUAUGGGAAUUAUUUA